AUGGGGGGUUGGAGGGAUGUGGCCCCCCGUGUGUGUCCCCCCCCCCCCAGCCACCUCCCCAAGAUCUACCAGGCGCUGCUGGUGUCGGCCACCUUCAACCCCGACGUGGAGGCGCUGAAGGAGCUGGUGCUGCACAACCCGGUGAUAGUGCAGCCGCAGGAGCCCCCGCUGCCGGGCAGCGCGCAGCUGCAGCAGUGGGUGGUGCGCUGCGACACGGAGGAGGACAAGUUCCUGCUGCUCUGCGCCCUGCUGAAGCUGGCGCUGCUGCGGGGCCGCGCGCUGCUCUUCGUGGGGGCCCUCGCCCGCUGCUACCGCCUCAAGCUCUUCCUCGAGCAGUUCGGCAUCGCCGCCUGCGCCCUCAACUCCGAGCUGCCCGCCCGCUCCCGGUGCCACGCCAUCACCCAGUUCAACCGCGGCCUCUACGACUACAUCGUGGCCACCGACGAGGAGGCGCUGGAGGCGCCCCCGGGGCAGCCCCCGCAGAAGAAGCGCAAGGGCGCUGCCGACGGCAAAGGCAAGGACCCCGAGUACAGCGUCGCGCGGGGCAUCGACUUCCAAAACGUGGCCACCGUCAUCAACUUCGACGUGCCGCCGACGGUCGAGUCCUACAUCCACCGCGUGGGCAGGUCCGGGGGGCUUGGCUGCUCGUGGGGGGCGCCGGGGGCACAGGCACGUCCCCAGGGAACGUCCCCCCCCCCGUGUGUGUCCGCAGAGAACGGCAUGUCCAUGCUGCAGCCCUACAAGUUCUGCAUGGAGGAGAUCGAGGGCCUGCGGUACCGCUGCCGGGACGCCAUGCGCUCCGUCACCAAGCAGGCGGUGAAGGAGGCUCGGCUGCGGGAGAUCAAGGAGGAGCUGCUCAACUCGGAGAAACUCAAGACGUACUUCGAGGACAACCCCCGCGACCUGCACAUCCUGCGCCACGACAAGCCGCUGCACCCCGCCAUCGUCAAGCCUCACCUCCGCAACGUCCCCGACUACCUGGUGCCACCCAGCCUCCGCGGCAUCGCCAAGCCCAACCUGAAGAAGCGCAAGCGGCUGCGGCUGCCCCACGCCGGUGCCGGCCGCGGCCCCACGGCGCGCCGCAAGACCAACCCACUGCAGAGCUUCAAGUACGCCCGCCAGCGCGCCAAGCGCCGUGCCGCAAAGUCCUCCUGAGCCCCCCCCUGCCCCCCCGGGGGCUGUGCCCAGGGACCACCGCAGCCCCCCCCCCCCCGGCGGAUGGGGUGUCCCCGUGCCGUCCCCUGCGGGCAGCCGCGCGCAAUAAAGGUGCCGGUGGGCUGUGGCA